CCGGGUGUCCAGUUUAUCAGGGUUUCUUUCAGAAAUGUGCAGCGAUACAACACAAUUUCACUCUUCCGCCGGAGUCGGAGCCACGUCGCCGACGAGCCACGCUAACGCACCUCCCACCUCGGCGACGUCGCCGCCACCCCAGCCGCGCGCUCUCCGUCCCCCGCCCGCCCCUCGCAGACCACCACCAGCCCAUCACAUACUAGGUUGUUUCCAAGCACAACUCCGCAGCCCGCGGGACUCCGGAUCGGCGACGGAAUCCCGAUCGAUCGAUCGAUUGGUUCGGCCGCUGAACUCGGCACGCCUCCUCCAUCCGGGAACCUCGCCCGCCGCAUCUCCGUCUCCAAAUAGAGCCAGGGAGGGGGGAUUCUUGCCUGCCGUGUUGGUCGUUGCGUACCGCGCUCGUCUUCCGCAAUGGGGGGCUCCUCGGUAUGCGACGGGACUCUGUCCCUCGACGAGUUCAACGCCUCAGCGAGGGCCCUGGUCACCAAGUGGAGGGGGAUCGAUGUUGACGCUCUUCCCGACUGGGAGUGGAGGCCUUGCCGCAAGAUGGGGGUGCCAUCUGAGACAGAGGGGUUCGUAGCUCUUGAAGGAGUGUACCGAACUCGUGCAGGAGGCCAGAUUGAGGAGAGCAGUGAUGACUCUGUCCCUGAUGAUGCUGUAGAGCAUGAUACCUCGGUUCAGAGCUCUAGGGAUAAUGUUCAUCUUUAUGAUUUCCAUAUUGUCUACAGCUUUUCUUACAAGGUUCCGGUGCUAUACUUUCAAGGCCUUCAGGCUGGUGGGCAGCUACUAACUUUAGAUGAGAUAAAAAAGGAUCUUCCUCCUCAUUCACUUCAGUUGUUAAACAAAUCAAAGUGGACAUUUAUUACUCGAGAGGAGCAUCCCCACCUAAGUAGGCCAUGGUUCACCCUGCAUCCAUGUGGAACCAGUGACUGGAUGAAGUUGCUUCUUCAUAAACUGGGAGAUAAGGAUCGAUCUCUGCAAUACUUGCCAGCAUGGUUAUCUGUGGCCGGUCAGGCAGUAGGAUUGAAAAUCCCGCUUAAGCUUUAUUGCAGUUCAUAGGUUCACUCUUCUCCAGUAUGUAGUACAGUACUAUUUGGGUGAGUGAAAUGGGAAGUGUCCACCUCUUAUUUUGCUGUGUAUAUGUUCAAACAUUUCUCUUGGUAAUUUGACCAUUUUGCAGUGUAGUAAUAACUAAUUUUAUUGCAUAUGCA